ACCGACUCCGUUACGCGAUUAUCCAUUUUAUUUUCGCGUUUUAGUUGGUAUUUGAUGCAGCUUGCCCCCACCAAAACUCAGAAGUAGUCGCAUAAUUGAAGUUUCCGAUUUAUUUUUAACCUCGACGACUACCGCCACUAACCUGCUUUGCGGAUGAUGGAAGAAAGAGGAGGAGAAGCCGCCGCCGCCGCCCCAACCACUACCACCACCACCACCGGCAACGAAGUUGAACAUACUGGUGCCAGUAACAUCAAGGUUCAAGUGUCUUAUGGUUCCAACAAUUUCGAUGUCUUCGUCCUUCCCCAAUCCACUUUCGGUGAUUUGAAAAGGGAGAUUGCAAAAGCAACUGGUUUAGAGCCUGAAGCUCAAAACUUGUUAUUUAGAGGAAAAGAAAAAGAUGAGAAUGAAAGGUUGGAUAUGGCAGGAGUGAAGGACAAUGCAAAGGUGAUAGUAACUGAAAAUUCACCUACCAAAGAUAAAGAUAAAGAUAAAGAUAAAGAAGAAGAAGAACAUGAAGAAAAAGAAGAAGAGAAUGUUGAAAAGGUUGAAGAAGAAGUGAAGGAGAUAUCAAAAGGGGUUGAGGCUGUUAGUUUAGUUAGAAAGGAAAAUGAUGAGUUUGCAGAACAGGUGGGAAGCCUAGAGGCAGUGGUGUGUUCUGGGACUCAGGUUUCAGAUAAAGAUUUUCUAUUUUUAACCGAGAUGCUGAUGAGGCAGCUGCUGAAACUUGAUGGAAUUGAUGCUCAAGGAGAAGGGAGAAUACAAAGAAAGUUGGAGGUGCGACGCGUACAGGGCCUUGUGGAGACGUUGGAUGAUCUCAAGGUAAAAAACUCGAACCCAAACCCAAACCCAAACCCAAGUAGCAAUGUUCCGGAAGCUUCUGCUACAAAGGCGACUCAAGAAUGGGAAGUUUUUGAAUAGUUACAGUCACCAGGG